GGGGGUCAAAACGCAUGAAAUUCGAAAGGAGUAGCGACUUCCUUGACGAUCUGGAAGUAUCUGGAAGUCGUCGUUUCUCCGCGCACCCACCCAGCCCCUUCGCCUACCUAAUUUCUUACAUAUUAAUACCGACAGGCGCUCAAAAACCUUAAAGCCUCCCUCGGCAGAAGGAAAAAUAUCUUCGUCUUCCAUGGCGGCUUCUUUCACAGCUCUGUCCAAUGUCGGGUCGCUUUCCAGCCCGAGGAACGGCUCGGAGAUUAGAAGGUUCCGCCCCUCCUGCAACGUCGCCGCCAGCGUCCGGCCGCCUCCGUUGAAGGCCGGCUUGUCGGCGUCGUCCUCGAGCUCUUUCUCCGGUUCUCUGCGCCCGAUUCCCCUCAGCUCUUCUCCUCAGAGGAAAUCCCGUCCGUGCUCGGUUCGAGCAAGUGCCGAGGCUGCGGCUGCUCAGUCGAAAGUCACCAACAAAGUCUACCUUGACAUUAGCAUCGGUAACCCUGUUGGGAAACUAGUCGGAAGAAUUGUGAUUGGAUUAUACGGCGACGAUGUCCCGCAAACAGCAGAGAAUUUCCGCGCUUUAUGCACAGGAGAGAAGGGCUUUGGAUACAAAGGUUCAACGGUCCACCGUGUCAUCAAAGAUUUUAUGAUUCAGGGAGGUGACUUUGACAAAGGAAAUGGAACAGGGGGUAAAAGCAUAUAUGGUCGUACUUUUAAAGAUGAAAACUUUAAGUUGUCUCAUGUCGGACCUGGGGUGGUCAGCAUGGCAAAUGCAGGGCCCAACACCAAUGGUAGCCAGUUCUUUAUCUGCACUGUGAAGACACCGUGGCUGGACCAGAGGCAUGUUGUGUUUGGGCAAGUGCUGGAAGGCAUGGACAUUGUCAGGCUCAUUGAGUCACAAGAAACAGACCGAGGAGACCGUCCCAGGAAAAGAGUGGUCGUCUCUGACUGCGGUGAACUUCCCGUGGUGUGAUAUGCCUUGAUUGGUUGGGUUCUGCAAGUUAGUUCUGGCUAAAAUCUGAGUCAUGCUCUCCCUCGAAUUUUCUUCUUUGUUAAUUUCUCUGUUUUGUUGAGAGAGCAAACUUUGGGAAGAGCCAGGUCGCGAUUGGUAACGCUCAACUAUUGUAGUGUACCGACGGAAUUUUCCUUAAAUUGGAAGCACAGAAUGACUGCUCCUGAGUCUCUUCUUUAGGGCAGGACCCCUUUUGAGGAAUGGAUGAUAUGAAUACCAUUAGACGCCUGCGAUUUGCUUGAA